AUGGGGGUCACGCAAUACCUGCUGGCGACUCUGGCACUCCUUUUGGCCUACUCCCUCGGCACCUACCUCACUUCUCCGCUGCGGCAAUAUCCGGGUCCAUUCCUAGCUAAAUUUACCAACCUUUGGCGAAUCUACCAUAUCACUCAAGGCAAUUUCCAGCACGUCCUCGUCCGGCUUCAUGAGAAGUACGGACCAGUUGUACGCAUCGGACCAAACGUCCUCGAUGUGGACGACCCUACGCUGAUUAAAACCGUUUUCAGCACCAAGGGGAAUUGGAAAAAGACGGGCUACUACAGCUCCGGCAGCCCCUUUAUCGACGGCAAAGUCGUGCACAACAUCUUUACCCAGGACGACGAGGAAAAGCACGCGGCGGACAAGAAGCCGAUCGCCAAGUACUACUCCCCAGCCGCAGUUGCGUCUCUCGAACCGCUCAUAAACGAGACAAUCACGCAGCUCUGUAGCGAGCUCGACAAGAGAUUCGUUGCAACCAGUGAUGCUACCGGAAAAGGCUUUGACCUCGGAAAGUGGAUUUUGUACUAUGCUUGGGACGUCGUAGGCAACGUGACAUUCUCCCAGCCCUUCGGCUACCUCUCCACAGGCACCGACUUUGACGGCACGCUCCGCGCGGCCGAGGAGCUCGUCGACUACUUCUCAUGGGUAGGAUGCAUGCCAUUCCUCGACCGCAUGCUGGAAAAGAACCGUGUCGUGCAACUCUUCAAGCGCCCGGGGGGGUUCACCGCUCUCGGCGCAACCUGCGUGGGCCGGCUGAUUGCGCGGUACCAGGGCGCCGACGCGUCGUCGCGAGAGUCGAAGGGCAGUAACACCCCCGCGCAGCCCGACUACCUGGACCGCUUCAUCGAGGCCAAGACGGCCGACCCGACCAUCACCGACACGCAGAUGGUGGGGUGGGUCAUGAUCAACAUGGGCGCGGGCGCCGACACGACCGCCAUCUCCAUCCGGUCAGCACUCUACUACACGCUGCGCACGCCGGGCGCGUGGGCGCGCCUGCGCGCCGAGCUGGCCGACGCCGGCCUCACCCCCCCUCCCGCCGCUGACUCGGAGCACCCGUCCAUCGUGAGCCUCAAGCAGGCGCGCCGCCUGCCCUACCUCGACGCCGUCGUGCGCGAGGCCAUCCGCUACCUGCCCGGCGUCUCGCUGGGGCUGGAGCGCUACGUGCCCGCCGGCGGCCAGCGCCUGCCAGUGCCGUCGCAACAACAUGGGCCCGGCAGCUCUGAAACGUCGGUGCCGCAGGGCACGAUCCUCGCCUUCAACCCGUACAUCAUCAACCGCAACCGCGGGGUGUGGGGCGCGGACGCGCACGCCUUCCGGCCGGAGCGGUGGCUGCGCGGGGAGGGGGAGAGCGAGGACGGGUUCGCGCGGCGGCUGCGGGCCAUGAACGACGCGGACCUGAGCUUCGGUGCUGGUUCGAGGAUGUGCGUCGGCAAGCACGUGGGGCUCAUGCAGGUGUACAAAGUGGUCGCGACGCUGGCGCUGUGCUAUGAUAUAGAGCUGGUGCGGCCGGAGUGUGAGUGGACCGUGGUGGGGAGCUGGUUUCCGCGCCAGGAGGGGCUGGAGGUGCGGAUGAAGAGGAGGGGAGAGGGGGUGUGA